GUCCUGAUAACUUCUCGGUCUGGUCGACUAAGUCAAAGUGUGGAUAAUUGGUUUUCGUAGUUUUGUGGGUGGAAUAAAUUGUGGUUAUGUUGAAUACAUGUUUGAUUUGUUAAGUAAUUCCCAAAUAAUGAUUCGUGAAAUACUGCAAUAAGAGUUUUAUUACUUAAUUAAGUACAGUUUUAUUUAAUUUUUAAACGAUACUUAUUUUGCCCUAAUUGGACCCUACAGAGCAUCAAUAAUUGCCUCUGCCUUUCUCAAUAAAGAAGGCGAGGUACUUGUAAUCACUGGAAGACAACUAUUGUACAUGUAAAUGCCUGAAUAGUUUUGGAUUUCAGCUGAUUUUAAUCAACGUAUUAAGGAGAAAUAAUGAAGUGUGAGAACGCAGAUGGUUCUACAAGGUCAUGUCCUGGCUCCAGUGAUCCAUUAGACUACACACGUUGUUGCUGGAACAGCUCACUUCUGUUCUGCUGUCCGCAAUCCUCCGUAAUCGACUCAUCACAUCAAAGAAACGUAAUGUUGGCCGGAAUCACUGUGAUCUCAGCUUGUAUCUUGGUCAGCAUUCUCAUCAUUGUCUGCUGCUUCUGGUCCCGCUGUCCACUGUUUAAGAUGUGCAGAGUCAACUACACACACAGUGAAAUAUUAUCCUAUUCUAAAGAAGAAGAAGCAUUGAGGAUGCCUUCAGAGGGUGCAGAAGGAGUUCAUCACUAUUCUCCGUGUCAUGUGGUCAUCAAACCUGUCCAAGAAAUGUGAACUGCUUCUUUUGUGUGACAUUACCUAACUCAAUUUUUAAAAAGAAUAUUUUUUUAGCUAAGUAAAUAUUAUUAAGAUCAACUGUCUCUUAUUAAUAUGACAAACAAAUUAUAUUUUAAAGACAAUUUCACUGAAAAGCUCCAUGUUAUAUAAACAAGCCUUAAACUUCAUAUUUACAGAUGAUAACUACUUUUUCAUGUAAUUGGAAAUGUUUAGCAAAUUAAAAGUAAUAUUUCACAUGUGAUACAAUAGUAUUUUAGAUAGUUUGUUUUAAAAAGCAACACUUAAUAAAAUUUUAAGUGGCAUAUUUUUGAAAUGCUAUUGACAUUUAUUUAUACUUCUUAAUACUCAAAAGAAUGAAGUACUUGUCAUUUCCUUAAUCUUGUAUUUACUAGAAUAAUUUUCCUACUCUGUUACAAGAAAACUGAAUUAUUACUGAUAUUACUUCAGUUUGUAACUGCAAUGUUAAAGUUUAUUUUGUGUUUUUAUAAACAUAUUUAAUUCACAGUACAUUAGCCACUGAAAGGUUAUCAUUGAGUUACCAAAUAUGUUUAUCAACUGUGCAGUUAUAAGAUUGUAGUUUUUAUACAAGCAGCUGCAUUGUUUUUAAAUGACUAUUCGGUUUUGAUAUUGACUAAUGUAAAAAUAAAUAUGUAAUCAUGGACAUUUUCAAAUAGUAGACAUAUUGAAAAGGAAAAAGCUUUUUUCUGUUUGUUAAGGUCAUAAAAUACAUGUCUGGUAAACUUCGAAAUGACUUGCUUUCAUUGGUUUGAAAAAGAAGAGACGUUUUUGCUUUACAUAUUAUUAGUUCUAAAUUUAUCAUUGGUUCCUAAGUUAAGCUUCCGUGUUCGAGUGAUGUAUUAUUUUGUUUUUUUAUUGUUUUAAAUACUAAUCGCAUUGUUACUGUGUUUUAAAUUGUUGUGAUCUCAGUUACUUGUUUUUGAUCUCUGAUAUACGUAGUUUGUGUAGGUUUUAUAAACAUCUUAAUAUUUAAAUUUUGAAAUGUAUUAAAAUGUGCCAUGUUGUAAAGGCUGUUUAGCUUCCAUGGCUAUCUAAGUAUUUAAUCCAUUAUCCACGCUUUCACAUUUUUUUAAAUUUGUAAAUAAAACACAGCUCUUCUAAAGCAAAUUGUAAUUUUAAAUUACCUUUUUACUUAAAAUUAUAAUUACUUUACUUAUGGUUCACUUACUUUCUAACCAUCUUUGUGACGAAUUUAGAGAAAAUCAUACUAUAAUAUGGUUUAAAAACUUACCUACUAAAAUCAAGUAUUAAUAGCUAAAGUUUCUAUGUUAUCCUAAGCGAAAUGUAACUCCUAGUCCCUAAAAACAUUAUUACUCACUUAAAGAUACGAAAGAGUCACCUAGUAAUUUAAAAAGUAGUUACAUAUUAUAUAUAAAUUGAACAGAAUUUAAGUACUCCAAUAGCCAAUAAUAUUUUUUUUAGUUUAGUGAGAUAUAAAACAUUAAAUCUAAUAGAUUUUAUUACUUUUCCUUUAUUCGCAAACUUAUAGCAGGAAUUACUGAUAGUUCUAGCGUUAAAACAACACUGCACAAUUGAAAGGAAAUAUAUAUAUUUGGUGGAAAUGAACUAGACGCCACUCUCCUGUCAACUCUGUAAAGAUUAUCUGGGAUGAAGGAAGCAGAUACAUGAUCAGAUGACAACUGUGUUUUGGACAAACAUUGACAGGAACUUACGCAAAUAUAAGUUAUCCUGAAAUUUGACACAAACUUUCACUUUACCUACAAGACAUUGCACAUUACCAUUUCCACAUUAAUAAACAUUUCUGGAAGGGUUGAUUUCUCCAGCAAACACUGUUUGACUUUUCAUGGUUUCAAUUUUAUUAUUAAAUCAAAACAGAAGUAAAUAUUUUUAAGAAAACGAGUACAUGUGUAGUUUAAGGUCUUUUUAGCAACUGAUGUGUUAUAUGCAGUCAGUCAAUUGAAAAAAAAUGGUUUAAAUCCAUUUAAAAAGUCUGCUUUUGAAAUUGUAAACAUUUUUUAGGUAAAAAUUUAAAUGAGCUUAACAAAUCCAAAAAUUAAAAAAUGUGCAAGUAAGAAGCUUUUUAGAUAUAUACUCACUACACUGUGAUUAAAAUUCAAUAUUUUGUAACUUUUUAAUAAAUUAUAAAGUUAUGUAUGUUUUGUCACUUUUAAGCAUACGGUGGUUCACAAAUAAUGAAAAUUUAAUCAAAUUCACGUUAGAGUUUAGAUAAUUUUGGUUUUGUGAAAAAAACAUGUAUUUUGGAGUAACAUUUGUUAUUAAUUAAUCAUAAUUCUACAUUGUUAAAGAAAUUAUAGAACUGAGAAGAGUUGUGUUUAUAUAUGUAUUUGUAGUUGUAUAAUCAUAUCACUUUUAAAUGUAGUAGUAUUGUUAUUCUGUGUGGACACCAGUUCCACACUACUCGUAGUGUACAUAGUGUAUGUUGGCAAACUUUCCUGAUUUUAACAUGAAUAACAGAAAACAAAUAUUAAAGCAUGUUAAAGUUCAAUAAUUGUACUAAGUUGCUAAAAUCAAGCAUACCUAAAAAUUAAAACAAUGUAAAUAUGUGACGAUAAACUCACCCAAGUUUUAGUUGUUGUACAUGACCGGUGAGUUCAUCCCCACAUAUUUACUAGGUUUACAAAAUUUUAGGUAAGUUUAAUCUGAUGCCUUAAUGUUUUUUGACACCCAACGAAAAGGAUAGAUUCAAAAUAGUUGUGUUCUAUUUUUUGUAUUAUUAACGAUGGUGAAUUUAAUAAAAUCUGUUAUAUAUGGUUCUGUUAAAGCGGUUUACAAUGUCACAUUAGCACUUCUACGCUUUAAAAUAUUGCUGCAAAUUAUUAGCGUACUAUUACACCUGUCUACACUACAUGUAGUUGGAAUUGGCAUUUAUUUACUAUUACGUAUUUCUUAUCAUACUAGAGAGUGGUUAAUACAUCGGACUGUUUGUUAAAUUUGUGGAGAUCUCAGAAUUGUGUUAUUUUUAUUAGUAAAUGUGUAUAGGGUGGUUUGUACUUACAAAAAAUGAGUGAUAUUAGAAGGUAAACAAAAGCCAAAGAUACAGAAAUUAGUUUUUGAUGGCCUUAAUCUUUUGUAAUAAUGCCUACUAGUUUAUGGAUGUAUAUUUUUAGUUGUAGUUAGUUAGUUUAGUUGUAUGCUAAUAUUUUUAAUUCAUUUUCUUUACUAUCUGAUAGUCUGCAUAGAAUUUUCAUUUCAAGGCAUGUGUGUGUGUGUGUAUAUAUAUAUAUAUAUAUAUAUAUAUAUAUAUAUACACACACACACACACAUGUAUAUAUAUGUUAAUGUUAAAAUAUAUUACUUUACAGUGUUUGAAGAGUCAUUUGAUACUUUAGUAUGAAAAAAAACCAUUCACAUCAUUUUAACUGAAACUGAGUUUUUGUAGUACAUACAACUACUUUAUCAGUGUCACGGAUCGAAUAGUGGUUUAGUAGUGAUGAAUCAUGAUUAGAUUGGUGUAGGUUAAAACACUGGAAUUUAUUCAACAGUAUUUCAAACGUGAUUUAACACACGUGCCCACUGUUGACUUAGUAAACAUCACUCUCGGUUGACUUACAAGCAUUUCUAGAAAACGUCACAUACUAAUAUGGCCAGAUAUGUGUUAAGAAAGUUGAAGCAUUUCUGGUACUGUAAAUAACACAUUAUUGGAAUAAUCAUAUAUAAUCUUGGUAUCUCAAAUGUUGUUUGAAUUCCUGUCACAACCUAGCGUUGCAAUAUAAUAUUUCCAUUCCCUGAUGAUUUGUCAUGAAUUUAAAUUAAUUUAUUAAUGCUAUUGCUACUGUAAAGCCUGUAGUAAACAUCAUAAACAGCAACUAUCAAAUAGAUAUUUAAAUUUAAGUCAUUAUUUAGUUGUAUCUUCCUCCCCCCAAUACACGAAAAUUUUUCUAUACAGACCAAAUCAGUUCAAUAAUUCAAGGUCUUUUCAAUUUAAAUAUAUUUAAUUUAUCUUUUCUAGUUGGGUUGUUAAAUGUGUCAAUAAUGUUAUUGCUGAAAUAGUACAACACAUAUGCCUCCUAACAGACUGGUAGCACGACUCUUUAGUUUAAGUUUUUUACCUUAGUACUUAGUCAGUCAGGAAACACUGGCUGCAACCUUUUUUAAGGCAUUUGCCUUAAACAUAUUCAGUAAGGACAAGUGAAGUUCGUUUGACAUUGUUGCCUUCCUUUAUUUUACACAUUGAAACAAUUGUACCUUCCCUGGAAGUGAAUGUGAACAAUAAACCAAUGUAGUAUUCUAAAUCUUUAAGUUUAUAGUGGCUCUGAUUGCUUUUAUAACUAUCUCAGGGUAUUUGGAAGCCUGUUUAUACAAACAGUAGUUUAACAUGUGCACAGAUUGAGUAAUACCAGUACAUUGAAAACUUGACAACAUUUUAAAUAGGAUUUUUUUCUAUUCUGAAACGUUGAUGCUAUUGUGAUAUUAGAUUUUAUUUCAGUGAUAACUGUGAUAAUAUUUUUCACAUGUUUCAAUACAUUAUAUUGAGCUUGAAUCAUACCAAAAAUGCUCCCAAUUUGUAACACACAAAACUAGUCUUGUAAGAGUUCCAAGAGCUUUAUAAUAUAAUGGGUUGUCAUAUUAUUUAGCUGUGUUAAUUAUUUUUGUAUUACUCUCUUUUUGCUAAUAAACGGAUAUUCAAAUA